GUGAGGAACAGAUGCGUGAAUUUCCCACACACGCACUACCUAUUUUAUCCUAGGGCGAUAAGUUAUAUAACUUUCAACCUUCUUUGUUUACCAGUCCUGCUCAAAGUGAAUUUUAGCAUUAUGUCAACUAGGCCCUUGUCAUCAUUUUCAUCUGAGCAUCAAAGAAAUCUCAAAUUUGGUGAGGCAACAUUUGAGAUUCUGUCUGAUUUUCUCACCAAUAUCAACAACAAAAACAGACUGAACUUGGAGAGCCUAUCAGCUAACUGUGGACAUUUCAAGAAAAAAGAAUUGGUCGAAUAUAUCUUCCUUCUCUGUAAGGAGUUUAAACUCGACCCAUUGGUUGGAUAUCAUGCUGUUGAGAUACUGGAGAGGUUUAUGAUCAAGCACAUUGAGGAUCUGCUGUCUGUACCCACUGCUCAAGGUGCCAGUGCUGGUGGUGGAGAUGAAAAUAUGGAGGAGCUGGUCUUCCAAAGCAUCAGGCCAAAGUUCUCCUUGAUCAUCCUCUCCUGUGUUCAACUGGCUAGUAAGCUGUCGCUGCACUGUAAGAUUGUGGACAACAACAUCGCUAUGAGGUUUUUGCAGUCGGCCGGCUACUCCAUCACCAAAGACACACUCAUGAGCUCAGAACUGGUGGUGCUGAAAACGCUGAACUUCAAUCUGAGUGCUACCAAUCCACUGACAUAUGUGGAGACGCUUCUGGAAGUCUUAAGUCACAAUGAGUGCUCGAUGGCACUAGAAGACAUGCACCACGUGUGCAAGGCAGUGUUGCAGUUUACAUUUCUCCAAAGGACAUCCAUCUACCAAGCACUCCUCACGGUGGUCACUAGGGGCACUGUCAGACCACAAGAGCACAGAGAGAAGUUUGUAGCUGUGACAGAAGACUGCAUGCUGCUGGGGGUUGGUGUCGUUGCUGCUGCUGCGUUCAUCCUCGACUUCUCUACCUGGGAGCAGUGUGGUGUGCUUGGUGUUGUAGGUGGUGCAGGAGCUAAGCUUAAUCACAGGGAUUUCAAUUCAGAGCACCAUGGAGUUUGCAUAUGUGAUACUGAUGCAUGUGACAAACAACUCGGAUACGCUGGUUUGAGGGCCAACAACAGGGCCAGAGCACAACUCCAAAGGCCAUCUCUCCCAUGUUCUGGAAUAGAAGUUCUGUGAAGUGGAAUGUGUUCGGAGUUCUGUG